CGACGACGACGACGACGACCACGAUCAAAAGAAAAGAGAAAAUUCUUGCAAUUUUCCCCAUUUCGAGAUCGGUUCGAGGCUCAUUGAGUCGUUACAAAGUUGAGUCAAAGAAAAAAUCUAUUAAAUUGCGGUUGUAUCAAGUGCACCAAGCAAUUGUGGUUCAAACGUUUGAAAAUUUAAGGAAAAAAAAAGCGAACAGCAUAUCCUAAAGACAAUCGCGUAUGCACUGACACGUGUAAUAAGACUGAUAAAACCUGAUCGAUAUAAAACGUUCGGCCCUUUUUUUUCGUGAAAAAAAGAAGUUUUUCUUAAAGACAACAAUUAAAAACACGUUGGAUUUAACGGUAAAUUUGAAUUGAUUUGAACUGCAUCGCAGGCGAUUUUUUCGACUUUUUUUUCAUCUUGUUAAUGUGUCGCAUCGUGUAGAAUAAUCAAAAAUUCAAAUUAGUAAGAGAUAGAAAAAAAACAACAAACCCAAAAAAAAGAAUUCUUCAUCGAAAUUUCUAUGGUCAAAAUUCGAGUCGAAGAAGAAACAAGAAUUUCAGGUGUUUUCGGUGGAUUGAAAAGACGCAUUGAACCUUUUACAGUUUUGUGAAAGAGAGAAAAAAUCAGAAGAAUUAACGAAGAAAAAACCAAAAUCAUAAAAUUUGGUGCAUCUUGUUUCCAGUUUUAUUGUGUGUGUGUGCGCGCUUUUUUUUAUUGUUGAACACAGAAAAAAAAAUACUUUUGUUAUUGCUGUUGGUAUUCUCCAAAUUCUCCCGUUGUUUUAAUUUGUUUUCGUUGGUUGUGCGCGUGCGCGUAAACAUAUCACGUUAAUAUACUGCCCAUGCUGGUUUGGUUAAGCCCAGGCUGUUGCUGCUGCUGCGUCUUCUUCUUCUUCGGUUGAAAUGUACAUUUCGCUGUUGUAGGAGCCAAACCGUAAAAUUUGGGUCAAGUUUAAAGAAAUUCCAAUCUGACUAGGUGUACUGUUGGUGCCGUUGCUGCCCAUUGCUGCUGCUGCUGCCGCUGCUCUUCACUCGUUGAUGAUUUCAUGUGCAUACAUGAAUUGCUUUCAUUCGAAAAUAUUUCUCUUGCUCACACGGUUUAAUUAUCAAUCACGUUGAGAAGAUACACCGCCAGCUAAAGAAUACACAAACACACGCACACACUACAAUAAUAGCUACGCCAAGAGCAACAAACGUUGUUAAGUUAAAUAGAAAUAAAUAUGUGGCGUUUAUUUAUUGUGGCACUGUCAACGGCAAUCGUUUGCUGUUCGGCCGAAAUCGGAUCAUAUGAUUAUGACAAUAAAAUUGAAGAGAAUACAACAAAUGAUCGUGAUAAUUUGACAUCGAACGUGUACGUUUUGCCCGAGCAAAUUUUCAACGAUGGCAAACCAUUUUAUGUGAAAAAAGACUCGUCGGGUUCGAUUGAUUUUAAUGCAAAAACCACACCCGAAUCGCUGCCAACACCAACCGAUGCGAUCAGCACUCAAACCACCACCCUGAACAAUGGUGCCGUUGCCAAUGAGAUGAAUAGCACACGUAAACAUGAUAUUAGUUUGGAUAAUACCGUUCGAACACAGAAUAUCCAUGAUUUUUUGAAUUUACCCGUAAAAUAUCAAUCAUCGAAGUUCGUGUAUCCGCUGGUGUCCAGCUCAUAUGCCAAUCUCAAGUAUCAGGGUAGCAAUAAAAACUAUGUGUCCAAUCACAAAUUAGAUUCGUCGACGGUGAAAUCAGUGGCAUACACCACGAAAAAAUACAAAUCCACAUAUCCAACCAAAUCGUAUACAGCAUCGUUCAGAACGAGUAGCACAACGGAAUCAUAUGAUAGCAGUACAAAAGCUACGCCAUUGACAACGACAACAGCGAAUAAUACGCGAAAAUAUGCCAGCAUUCCGCCACGAACAUCAACGCCAGGAAGACGUUACACAACACUUUCAAGAGUGAGCAGUACAACGGUGCGUAAUAGUUUGCCGAAUACAGAUGUUAAAUUCACACGAGGCCGAUCGACAACCACGACCACCACCACCACCACCACAACAACAACGUCAACGCCUAUUGAAUCAUUUGAAAAUUCAUUCGUAACACCAACACCAACACCAAUUGCAAGUUCAACAGCCGUUGCACCGGAGCACAAAAACAACAAGAAUGCUACCGCUGAAGAUACAAAAGAUGGUGAUAGCAUGGGCAUUAGCGACUUAUUCUGGAAUUUCUUCUCUAACAAUGAAGAAAACGAUGAAACCGAAGCCACAAAAGUGACACCAUCGACUACGGUGAUGACAUUGCGACCAACCGUUUCGACAACACAUGCACCUCUGAACACAAGAGAUUAUGCACAUACGCGACCGUAUACCAGUCGAUACAACAUCACAAUGGAUUCGGCAACACGAAAACCAAUCAAUCGGACAGUUAUACAGUCGGAGUUGAGCACAUCCACGAUUCGUUCAACCGAACCGAUCGGAGAUCGAUUUGCUUCGGCAUCAACGGCAUCAUCAUUGAUCGCCGACUAUGGUGAUAAGACGACAGUGCAUGCUGGCAAAUUCCGUCCACCAACCAAUGUGAAUAAUAUUCGAGUAUCGCCCGGUGCAAAUACAGUAACAUUCGUUACAAAUGGCCAAGUUUCAGCGGCUACCAGCGGCAUUGGCUUUGACAAUGUUCAUCCAUUCGGUGAGCAGAAUACGUACAAAGGCCCAUUCCAACCACCACCACAAAAUCAUAUGAAUAACAUUGUUGUUUUGCCCGAUUCGAAUUCAGCAUCGUUUGUGGCCACCGGUCAAUUACAAACCACAAAUCGUUUCGAUCAAAAGCCCGUCGCGCCUCAAAGUGAUAACAACAACGUGCACCGACCAAUCUCCAAUCAAAACAAAAUCGAUGAAACAACGAAACCGGGCAUCACUUUCAUUUCAAAGGGUCAUGUGACAUCGGCCGAAGCGUAUGAUAAUCCAAACCAGAAUAAUGUCGUUUUCCAUGGACCAUCCGCAUCGAAUUCGAAUAACAUCGUCAUUGCGCCGGGCAUGCACACCGCAUCGUUUGUAACGACAAGUCAAAUGUCAUUGGGCGGCGGUGAAAAACCAUUGCCUCCAGAUCAAAUUAAAAAUAUUGAAAAUGAGAUCAAUGUUUAUGGGCCGGGAUUGCAAUCGACACAACGGCCACAUGGAUUUUUGUUGCCAUCAACUACAUCGAUUCCAAAACCAGUUUAUACGAUUAUCGCGCAAUCGGCCAGCAAUGAAAAUGACACGCAACACAUUCGAUUCCCCAAUGAAAACGGUGAAAAUGCAGAGAAAUUGAUUGCAAACCCGUCCAUUCAGACACCCGAAGCCAUCACGACGAAUAAUACAAUCAAAUUCCCACCAGCAAAAAAUCAAGUGCCACAAGCCGUUCUACAGAUACCACAAGCACCACCAGCUCCACCAAGUGAAGGAGGUUUUGUUAAAUUCACCGAUACUCGCAACGAAAUCACCGAUGGCCAGAUCGAUCCAAACAAUUACAAGCAAAUCAUUCAGACACCAUCGUUGCCAGCCGCCGGUAAUUUCGUUGUAUUCCGUCCACAGCCAGUGAUUGCUGUACCACAACCACCGCCAACAUUGGUCAUGGGAAUGGGAAUGCCUCAAAUGAUUCGUAACACACCAUUUUUAUUCAAGAAACAGCCAACAUUCGUCCAUUAUCCGCGCAAAAAUUACACACUUCCGAAUAUUCUGCCACAGUUCCGGCCAUCAACUCAACCGCAACCACAACACCAAAUCUCAUUGAGCCCCGAGAUUGCCAAUCAAUUGCGUCAAGGUCAACUAAAUCGUGCACAAUACCUGUACAAUGCCCAGAAUCUACGGUACAAAAUGCCAAUGCAGUAUAUGCAGUAUGGCCAACGCCCAAUGCAAAUGCGACCACCGUCGCUGGCCGAUCAAACGCAAGCGCAAAAUCGACGUCACUUUGAAUUGCAUCCGGGCAAUUUCAAUCAGCGAAUUUAUGAUCGUCCAAUGCUACCGUCGCAUCUAUUCAAUCGUAACACAAUUGUUGGAGCAAACGCAUUGCUCGUCGAACCGCAACGAUUCGAAGAAAAUAUGAAAGUUACAGCGACAAAUGGCAAUCUGGACGGUAGUAUCAGCAACGGUAGCGGUAGUAAAAAUGUGGAUUUCGAAAAUGGUGACGGCAAGUUGAUGUCUGCACAGUCAAUUGUCGAAAGUCAAAAAGAAAUACCAAAAGUGGAACCAGUUACCACACUCCAAAUGAUUCAGCAUCAACGACUUUUGCAAAAAACCGGUGGAAUUGUUGCCAUGAAUGGUUUGUCGGGCAAUAGAAAUGCAACGGCAACGGCAACGGCAACGGCCACAAACACUGACACAAACGGUAGCGAGAAGCCGUUGUAUGUUGUAUAUCCGAUGCAAAAGCAAUCGAUAGCCGGUCACAUUCAGAUGCAACGCGGAAACGGUGGUGAAAUUUUGGCCGAUCAAAUGCAUAAACCGGCAACCAUUCAACAGCUUGGACUGCCAUACACAUUGGAAAAGAAUAAAUCGCGUUACAUACUCAAUAGCCGACCUGCUUAUGAAUUGGAAAAAAAAUCAGAACAACAACAGGACCCAAUUGCUGCUGCUGCCGCUGAAAAUGACGAAGAAGACAGUGAUCGUCCUAUAGCAAUUGCUUAUUCGCCAACUGAACCAAAUCCAUCUCAUUUGGCGGAUGUGUAUCGUCCGACGCCAGCUCAUCAUAAUCAUAAUCACCACAGUACGCCUGUAUUUGCGAACGCUCCCGUCGCUAACAACCAUAACGAUGGCUCGAAUCUCAAUGCAAAUCAACAAUUUCAGGCACCAUUCAUACCAAGCAUUAAUUUAGAGAAUACCCAAAGUACACAUAAUGGUUGGUUAAUUGUGACACCACCGUCUGUUGCCAGUGGUUCGUUGAACGUUGAUUCGAAGAGCAAUCGAAUCAGUGCAUCGCUCGUAAAUUCAAAUGCAACUGCAUCAAUCAGCCGAUCGGACAGUGAAGAAACGGCCGAAUCGGUGGCUAGUGUUGAAAAUACAACGAGAAAAUUCGAUUUUGCCAACUUUACACCCGAUUUCCAAAGUGGUUUUGUGCCAAUCUACAAGGCGAGCACCAUUCCACCGGCAUCAGCACCAGAGGCGGAAAAAAGCGGACCAACCGCUCAAACACGGGCCGAUAGUGACAUAUCCGAUCGUUCUGAUAUCAGCUUAGAAUCCUUAAUCUAUGACGAUGAAGAAAUGUAAGCAGACAAAAAAGAAAAGAGAAAUUCACAACAAAACACCUGACUAUUUAUUUAUAUACAUAGAAUCUAAAAUGUAAAAUCGAUUAUCUAUUGACCGCGAUUAGUGGCUUAAGUGUGCACGUAGGAACAGCAAAAAAAAAUAACAUCAAUUAAUCAAUGUGUGUUUCGGUGUAUACAUAUUUUUUUCGGUAUCUUUGGAUCGAUUGCGAAUUUAAAAUGAACGACCGCUACUUAAACAUUCUUGUGGUGGCGACAGCAAUCGAAAGAGUGAGAGAAAAGAAUGAAGAAUAUGUAAAAUAUACACACAUAAACACGCGCGCACAAUUCAAUAGAAUAUCGAUACUCUACCGUAAUACUUUGCUGAUUUUAAGUAGGCUACUAACUUAUAAUUUAUUUACGAAUCCGAAGCGAAAGACAAAACAGAAUCGCACGGCAAUAGAGCAUACAAAACAACAACGGCAGAAAAAUAAUUUCGAAUAGAAGGCAGAUGUAUGUAAAUUUAUGUAAGACAUGAUGAAAAACCAUAAGAAGGUGAGUGAGUGAGAGAAAGAGGGAAAAAGAUAUUGAGACGGAAAAAGGGAGAGACUUACAUAUUUUAUUUCUGAGGAUUUCAUUCCAAGACACAAAAAGACAAGAAAGAGAAAGAGAGACAGCGAGUAGAAAAAAGAACAACGGUGUUAUCAAAUCAGCCAUAUAAUAGUAGCAGUAAAGUAGAAAGAAGCAAAAGCAUAUACAACAACAAAAAUUGUAAAAGUAUUUAUAUAAACAUGAAAUGUUGUCGCAAUGACAAUGUGAAUAAUCGUGUCAAAUUCUGAUGCUAAAAAGACUUAAAGACGUUGUUGUACCAUUUUAUCCAACGCGAGAUCAGGUUCGUUUUUCGACGCAUCGAAGUGAAAGACGCAACCCGAUGAAUAUGUGUACGUAUGUAAAAAUUGUGUAAUUUUGUGUAAACCAAACGAUGGAAAAAGAGCAACAAUCGCGGCGGAAAAAAAAUGAUCCAAAAAAAAAACCAUGUAAAACUGUUUGCAGUUUUUUUGCUUGGGUUUUUUCUUUUUGCUCUUCAAGAUGAUUCGACAACUUUUGUGUAAGAAAAUCAUCGCUACGGAUGACGCACAAGCUUACUGAUGCAAAUCAUACAAACACAUACCGAGAUUACAUAUUUUUGAUGUAAAUUCAUUUAAUAAUUUAUGCAUACAAAUCAUUCGUGUGUGUGUGUGUACGUUCUUUUUUUUCGUUUGUUUUAAAUUAUUUAUUUAUUUAGUAAUUUAUUAUUUAUACAGUACUGAAAUCGAUAGUUGCAACCAUUUCGAGUAGCAAAUGUAGUGUAUCAGGGGUUGCUGCUGUUGAGUUCACACUGAAAACAAAAUUUCGUAUACAGUUAUACGGCUCUUUAAAUUUAUUGUAAUAAUAAACUAAUUUGAUGGAAUAUAUAUACUAUUAUGGUAGUUGCAAAUGAGAUAACGCGAAGGUGAGAGUAGAGAAAAAGAGCCGCCGCUGCUGCAGCUGAAGAGAUUGAGCGAGAGCACUCAAUGUAAUGUGCGCGCUAAAACAAACACACAAAAAACGUUAGCUUAGCUAUAAUUGAAUCACGCACAAAAUUUCCAAAUAUAAAUCGCUGGCAAAGUGGAUUUUUCCAUCGAAAAAGAAAAACUACUUGCUGCGUUGCAUGUACGCGGUAUUUUUUUCGGCAUGUAUCCAAAUUUCCUUUCCAGAGACACACAACGACCGACAGCGGGAGAGAAACAACAAAUAAAACGCGACCAAAGCACCAAAAAAAUAAUAAUAAAUCAUAGAGAGAUAUUUAUGCACUCGUUUCACUAAUUACAGCGCGAGCAAAAAAGAAAAAGAAAAAGCAAAUGAGAGAUGUUUGUACCACAGUUUUUAAAAAGAAGAAACACACAGAGAAAAAAACAACAACAAUUCGAUGUAGUAAAUUUUAAAAAAAGACAUGUUUAUUUUUUAUUUUUUCUUAAAUUUUUCUGUUUACUUCAUUUGCUCACUCUCCCUAUAUCUCGCCGAUAGUUUAAAUUUCGUCAAGUAGAAGAAGAAGGAAAAUAUAAUGAAAUAGAAACUGUUUGCAUGUAUUACUAGAUUGUAACCGAUCUGGAAAAAAAACACAACAGAAUCCGUAGUAAAUAAAAUGAAAGUUUUUUUUU